AUUGCAGAUCCAUCCAAGGUGACCCCCUCGUUUCUUUUGUCGCAACAAGGAGCCCACGAUGCCUUCCACAUACAAAAGAGAUAAGCCGUGGGAUACGGACGAUAUUGACAAAUGGAAGGUCGAAGCGUUCAACGCCGAGGACAAUGUCGCCGGUAGUUUCGCGGAGGAGUCCUCCUUUGCGACUCUCUUCCCCAAGUAUCGCGAACAAUAUUUGAAGGAGGCCUGGCCGCUCGUGACGAGAUCGCUGGAGAAGUAUGGCAUCGCCUGUACCCUCGAUUUGGUCGAGGGUAGCAUGACGGUCAAGACGACGCGGAAGACGUUCGAUCCCGCUGCCAUCCUUAAGGCGCGCGACCUGAUUAAGCUCUUGUCGAGAAGUGUGCCGGUACAACAGGCUCUGAAAAUCCUCGACGACGAAGUCGCAUGCGACGUGAUCAAGAUCCGCAACCAAGUCCGCAACAAGGAGCGCUUCGUCAAGCGCCGCCAACGUAUCCUCGGACCCGGCGGCUCCACCCUCAAGGCCCUCGAGCUUCUCACCAACACCUACAUCCUGGUGCAAGGAAACACGGUCGCUGCGAUGGGACCCUACAAGGGGCUGAAAGAAGUGCGUAAGGUUAUUAAUGACUGCAUGGCCAACAUCCACCCGAUCUACCACAUCAAGGAGCUCAUGAUCAAGCGUGAGCUGGCCAAGGACCCCUCUCUGGCGGAAGAAUCGUGGGACCGGUUCCUGCCCAACUUCAAGAAGCGCACUCUGUCGAAGCGUCGCACGCCGUUCAAGAUCACGGACAAGACCAAGAAGGUGUACACGCCCUUCCCGCCGGCGCCGGAGAAGAGCAAGGUGGAUCUGCAGAUCGAGUCCGGCGAGUACUUCCUGUCCAAGGAGGCCAAGGACCGGGCGCAGAAGGAGGAGAUCAUGGAGAGACAGCGGGUGAAGCGGGAGGAGAAGAUGAAGGAGCGCGAGAAAGCGUUUGUGCCGCCCGAGGAGCUCGAGGCGGCCGAGAAGGCCAAGAAGGACAAGAAGGACAAGAAGGAGAAGAAAAAGCGGAAGCGCGACUCCGAGGCGGCCGACCUGGAGGCGGACGUCGAUGCUUCGGACCGGAAGGAGAAGAAGAAGAAGAAGAAGAGCAAGUCGAAGGAGGAGACGUCGGAUGCGGAGGCUUGAUCUUGUCGUCGUUGUCUCUUUGGUUUCGCUCGGUGGUUCUUCUUUUCUUUCUUGUCAAGGGAUUCCCCCUUCGUGUGGGACUUUCGUAAUAUGGCGCUUAGGCAUAGCAUGGGCUGGAGUUAUUAUAUGUUUCUUGAACCCCUUCAUCUCUUGUACUCCAGGAGGGGAAGGAACAAAAAGCCUGUAUUGAAAGGGAUUGCUAUUUAGAUUUUACCUGUGUUUUACCUGUGUUUGCUGGUAAUGCUGCG